CAUCACCGAUUAAGGCUUAUAAAGCUUCUUUUUUCCCCUAAACAUCGCUUUCCUCGAGAUUGCUCUCUCUCUCUCUAGGGUUUCGAUCUUCGUUAACUAUUUUUUCGAUUCCUCGGGAUUCGAUACGGUGUUAGUCUUCUCCUCCCUGAUUUUCCGUCAAUUUCGCCUCGAUUCUCUCCAUCACCCCUUCUGAUCGGCUUCGUCUCGGGAGAAAAAGGUCGCAUCUUUUCGUGAUUCCCCGAGGAGAAAGACUGAUCCUUUUGAUCCUUAUGUAAGUGACUCUGAUGUGUGGUGAGAUCCGUUGCUAUCUGUUUUGAUGAGGAAGAAGCGGAAAGGUAGUGAAGCCGAAGGUUCGGAGGAGGAUCUAUCAUGUGCAACUACUGCAUCGCGAUCAUCCAACUUCAGGUCACACUUCUCACUAGAAGGUUACGCUAGACUCAAGAAGCGCUGCAAGGAGAAUGACACCGUCGUCGACGAGGACUCUGUUGGUUCCUUCAAGAGACGCCUCGCCGGCGUCGCGACCGCACCUCCUUGCGGCGCGUCGUCUCUGGUUUCGUCGGGGAGAGGUUUGAAGAGGAAGAUUGGUUGCAUUGACGUUUCCACUCAGACUGGUAGGAAGAACAAGAUUGACGAUGACUAUGUUUUGGGUCCUAACAUUGGGAAAGGGAAGUUCGGGUCGGUUAGGAUCUGUAGGUCGAAGAGUAACGGGAUUGACUUUGCUUGUAAGACACUGAAGAAAGGGGAGGAGACUGUUCACAGGGAGGUUGAGAUUAUGCAGCAUUUGUCUGGUCAUCCUCGGGUUGUCACGUUGCAUGCUGUGUAUGAAGAGUCGGAUUGUUUUCAUCUUGUGAUGGAGCUGUGUUCGGGAGGACGUUUGAUUGAUCAGAUGGUUAAGGAGGGGAGGUACUCUGAGCAGCGUGCAGCUAAUAUAUUCAAGGACCUCAUGCUAGUUAUCAAUUAUUGCCACGAGAUGGGAGUUGUGCAUAGAGAUAUCAAACCUGAGAACAUUCUCCUCACAGCUGUUGGGAAGAUUCAGCUCGCUGAUUUUGGCCUCGCCAUGAGAAUUGCAAAAGGUCAGACAUUGUCUGGAUUGGCGGGAAGUCCUGCUUAUGUAGCACCUGAAGUUCUUUCUGAAAGUUAUUCAGAGAAAGUUGACGUUUGGAGUGCAGGAGUCCUCUUAUACGCUCUCCUGUCCGGUGUACUCCCGUUUAAGGGAGACUCUUUGGAUGCUAUUUUCGAAGCAAUCAAGAAAGUGAAGCUUGAUUUCAACUCUGGAGUGUGGGAGUCCGUCUCCAAACCAGCUCGUGAUCUAUUGUCAAGAAUGCUAUCAAGGGACGAAUCUGCCAGGAUCACUGCGGAUGAAGUGCUAAGGCAUCCAUGGAUACUCUUUUACACUGACCGGACUCUCAAGACAAUGUGCAUCAAGUCGAAGCACAAGGGUCAAGCAGGAUCUCCUCCCGGCCUUCAGCUUCGCAGUCCGAUGAAGAAAACUGACGUAAACAGAGCUAACAGAGAGAAGAAGACAACAUAUGAUGAUUCACCGACUGAUUCAUUCUCCAACACAGAGGAGGAGGAGGAAGAAGAUGAGAGCGGUGUGGUCGAUGUGCUUGUGGUUGCAAUCUCCAACGUGAGGAUCUCAGAACCAAAGAGAAGCAGACUCUGUAGUCCCACGAACAGCCCCAUCGAACAGCAACAUUCUUCUAACUUGACCACGACUACUAAUACACUCUGUCGAGCCUUCUGACAAAACCAGUUUCACACACUCGUCCAAGUCUCCAAGUCACAUGGGUUUGUUUGUCCCUGAUAUGAUAUGAUCUUAGUGACUCAGUAUAUCAUAUAAAUCGUAAUAGCUCUCUCUAAUAGCUGGAUAUGAUCUGAUUCUGGUUUUUCCUUCUACGUUUUCUGACUUUAUUGUACAGAUCUUCAUGUAAAUAGAAUACGCCAUAAGUGUUUGAUCCGUUUUUUGUAUCGGAAUUAUCUGGUCAUUUCGUUAACCGUGGCGGCAACAAUCAAUGAGUUUUUUUUCUUGUGGUCAA